GCGUGUUGUUAUCAGCCAGAAAUGCAAAUCAUAGAUUAUAUUUUGAUCUGUUGCUAUAAUUUCCACUCUCGUUCAAGCUUUUCUGGGCUCUCACCUCAGAAAUUUUUUGUCAUUUUCAAAUGCAACGAAUAAAAACGUUAACGCAUAAUGGCAGAAGGCAUUUGCCUCUGCCUUCGGGUCCUUUCUCAGUUGGCUGCUGUGACAUAAUGACAUCUUAUUUAAAAUUUGGUGUUUUUGUAAGAUUAUUUUAUCCAUCUAAAGUUCAGGGAGUUGUAGAAAGAUAUCUACAAUGGCCAGAAUGGAUUCCACACAAAGAAUACGUAAAUGGUUAUGCUGUUAGAGCAGGUGUGCCACCAAAGUUGUAUAAAAUGCUCUUUGAUUUGUAUGUUGGAAAGUUGUAUAUUCCAGCUAUUUGGCAAGCACAACUUCAACCGACGGAUGGAAAGUAUCCAGUUAUUGUUUUUUCCCAUGGAUUGAGUGGCUUCCGUACUACAUAUUCGUCAAUCUGCUUAGAAUUAGCUUCACAUGGCUAUGUGGUUGCUGCUGUUGAACACAGAGACCACUCUGCUUCAGCCAGUUUUUACAAGAAACAAGCCCGCAUGUCUGCCUUUGGGUCAAAUCCAGGCUCCAAUCUUGAUGAAAUUGAUAGUCUGCUAAAUGUGCCGAUGGAGAUUAAUUGGGAAGAUGUUGUUGAUAGCAAAUGGGACCCUGGGCCACGCAUUCAAGAUAUAGGUCCAUUUUGCCACACAAAGGAGUGGAUGCUUUAUUUAAACCCUUCUAAAGAAAAUGAAAUGUCUUUCCGGAGGCAGCAGGUAAGGUAUCGAGCCAGAGAAUGCUCUGAAGCUUUAGAUUUACUAGAAGAUUUGAACCUUGGGCGAAGUGUUACAAAUAUUCUUGAUGCUAGUUUCAAUGCAAGCAUGUUUAAAGACAGGUUGGAUCUUUCCAAUGCAUUCUUCAUUGGUCAUUCAUUUGGUGGUGCCACUGGAAUACUUUCUUUAGCUACAGAACUUCGUUUCAGAGCAGGUGUUCUUUUGGAUCCAUGGAUGUUUCCUUAUUUUGAGGACCAGCAUGCAUUUUCCAUGAUCUCUCAGCCAUUUUUAUGCCUUCUUGUCCAAAGUUUCCAGACUAAACAAUCCAUGAAGGUGCUAAAACAACUACAGAACCUACAUAGUUUUGGAGAAUUCGUUACUUUAAAGAAAGCAAACCAUCGUGAUUUGUGUGAUACUCCAUUUGUGCCAAAAGUUUCACUUUCAUUAUCUUCCAAAAUGGGAAUUCGCAUCGGAAGGUUUCCUGCUUUGGACUUGACUGUAGAUCUUAUUCUGCAGUUUUUAGGGCAACAAUUAGGUGGUUCAAUCAAACAUGAAAGUGAAAAGCUGGAGUGUUUGAAAGAAAAAUUUCUAGUGGAUGAAGAUUUUUCCUCUGUGGAUGAUGAAAAAACAACAUGCUUCAAUAUUUAAAUAAUAUUCAAUUAUUUAAAAAUUUCUGGAAAAAACGUUGGAAACUAAUCAAAGUGAAAUGUUUCUGUGUCUAUUCCAGCGGUUCUCAACCUACCACCCCCUAGCAAACCCCUUCCAAACUCUGAAAGAAGUUGGCGGAAGUUACCCCUUAAUACUAAAUAAUAAGCGAAAAAUAAAUAAAAUAAACGCGCGAGCACACACACAUAGACAAUAAAAUUUGAGAUUUUUUUUAGUUGGAUGCUGCUCUGUAGUUUAUAACAAGAACAAAAUGUAGAAUUACAAAUAUUGCUACAAACUAAAAUGAUCGCUAAAAAUGAAUACAAAACAAAUUCACAAAAAAUAAACACAGUGAUUAUUCUACGUUGAGCUCCAAUCGACUUUAAAAAAAAAAUGAAAAUGGGAUAUUUGUGGAACAAAGAGGUUCAAAAGUUUGGCUGAAAUUUUUCUGACACGAGGGUACAUUUAUCUAUAUCACUCACUAAAUCAGAAGUAAAUUAUAGAAUGAUCCUAAAAAUACCUUUCAGGGAACUCUGAUUAACUAAAUGAUUUUUUUCUCUUCUAGUAAAAUGAGAAAGAUCUCUAGGUUUAUGUCUCCUUAAAAAGGACUAUGAGCCUAGCUGUUUGAUAAAAAUAUACUGAGUACAUUAAUCGUUUGAUUGCUGAAGGAUUUUCUUGUAAUUAUGCUAUAAGUGCAGAGUAAAAUGCAUAUACAGUC